UUUGUAUCAUCAGGUAUCGUCGAUCGCCGAGAGAAUUGAUUCUGUUCGUAUUUUCUAAGCGGAAUUAGUCGGUGUCAAAUCUUUUGCAUAUAUUUUUUUUAACACACCAAUCGACACACAGAUACGGAUACUUUUUUUUUUUACAUCCACAUAGCGGUUUUGAUAAAGCGCAUACAACAGCAGCGUAAAUCGAAGUUCCUUUUAAACAGCUGACUUUGCGGGCGAGAACAAACAAUUUUGCUCGGGACUGUAUUGAAGUUUUCGGCGGUCACUGACAGUCAGUCGCACACCAUGGCGGCAAAUAAAAGUGUCAUUGUGCUCGCGCCGAACGGUCGUCGGCAGACUGUGAAAGUUACAAUAAACACGACGAUUCUGCAGGUUUUGGAGGAGGUGUGCCAAAAACAAGGUUUCAAUGUUGACGAUUACGACUUAAAACACGGUCGUCAGAUAUUGGAUCCUAAUACAAUAUUUCGCUUCACCGGUUUGCCGAAUAAUGCUCAACUAGAAAUGGUAGCUUGCACAAAAACACGUUCUUUGUCUAACGUUACAAUUAGCAUUCAGCCAGAGAACGGUGAGAGAGUAAUGUGUGAGUUUCCUCCUACCACGACAUUGGCUCAGAUAUUGAGAAAACUAUAUCCCGAUUCCGAUCUGAAGAGAGCUGUGUUGAUCUACAUGCAUCGUGAAGUAUAUGGAGAGGAAACACUGGAAAGAACAACAUUGAAAUCAUUAGGUCUCAGCGGUGGAAGAGCUAUACUACGGUUAAUAUAUCGUGAUCCGGAGCAAUUGAAAACUCAGGCACACAUAUCCACACCUUUGGUUCCAAAACCAGUUGUUGCAUUAGAUAGCUCGCAAAAUGAGAAAGAAAAUCAGAAAGUGUCCAUGCCGCAUUGUAGCAAAGAAGAUAAUGAUGCUACCUCAUCAACGGAAAGAAUAUCAAGUGUGAAAAAUCAGAGAAGUUUAGAAAGUGAGAAAAAAUUAGACAGGAAAGAUGAAAGUAUAAAUACGACCGACGAUAAAGAUCGAGAGAUGGAUGUAUGUACAAGAGAAACGAAUCAGUCUGUUGCAAAAAGUCACAAUAAUCAUGACAGAGACCAGAAUGUCACAGAGGCAUGCGCAAAAAUCCAAGAAGAUGCAUAUGAAAUUAAGUUUUUGAGUGAAAGAAAUGGUCUUGUGUUCAAUCAAGCCGAGGCUCAAGCAUUGCCGAGGGACGAACUGCCAGAUAGCUUCUUCGUUCUCGAUCUGCACGAUGCAAAGACUCUCCUACGCGAUGCAAAACGUCGUAGAGAAGAGCUAGAGGACGCUCCCCUUCUGACGGAGACACAGCGUCAGCUGGAUCGAGACAAACACACUCUGGAUAUGUUAAACAAAUAUCGAAACACCGUAAUUCGUAUACAGUUUCCUGAUCAAUUUGUUCUUCAGGGUGUAUUUGGACUGGUAGAAACUGUUCAACAUGUUAAAGACUUCGUUAAAAAUCAUUUAGACAAUCCGGAAUGUGAAUUCUCUAUUUACACUACCCCGCCAAAGCAUAUUUUGAACCCUGACGCGCGACUACUGGAUGAAAAUCUUGUUCCCUCUGCAAUUGUUUAUUAUUCAGGACAAUCGUCACUUAAGUCAAGUGUGAAAGAGAAAUUGACAGAUCCAAGAGCUGCUGAUAUCGAAGCUAUAAAAUCUAGAACCACUACGCGUAGAAAACAAAAUCCAACAGCCGAAGAUGAUAGAGGCACAGUUGUUGAGGACAAAAACGAUCACAACAAUCCAGGCCCAAGUGGUUGUAGCAAAUCAUUAUCUCAGAAUCAAAACAAGACACCAAAAUGGUUCAAACAGACAUUCAAAUAAUAUUUUUUUUUUUUGUUAAUAGCAGCGAGAAGUGAUAACCCUUCAAAAAAUGUAAUGUAUAAAUAAUGUUCUAAUAUAUACAGGAUUUUUGUGCAGAUCUGCAUAUUUCUCGAAGACAUCCCCGAGACAUAUUCAGAUGUGAACAUGCAUGGUGUCAUCACGUUAGUUGUGUACUUAACAAGUUUAAAAUAUACAAAUCUGUACACAACGA